AUGGCAGACUGCCCUACCGAAUUAUGGCAACAUAUAUUUGCCUAUGCCUGCACCGACGGUGGUAGAACAGGCUGUUCGCUAUCGCUAGUCUCCAAAUUCGUGCGCGAAGCAUCGGCGCCAUUCAGAUAUCAGUCCGUCCUAGUCGAGGGCACCGCACGGUUGUCCUGCUUUCUUGCGGUCUGGGAGAGGAAUCCUGACCGACGAUCGAAAAUCCUACACCUUCUCCUAUGCGACACGCCGCCACACCACACGUAUCGUCCUUCCGCCUCUCCCCGCUUCAUCCGUCUAUCGGAUGAAUGGGUGGACCUCAUGUGCCGGUUACUGUCGGCCGUCUCACACUCCCUGCUAACGCUCACGAUCUACAUGAAAGGAGCUCGGUCCUUCCUGCUCCCCCCUGUGGCGUUCCCAACGUUAGAGGAGCUGAGUGUGCACGGCGAUUAUUUUGACGUCGUAUGCGACCAGGCCGUGUCACUUCCCAAUCUCUCGGCGCUACAUUUCGGGGGGACGCGGCGUCUUUGGAAGGGCGGCAUGACAGCCUCUCUUCUCCCUAUGCUCUCGAAAGUUGCGCCGGCUCUUACACACCUUGCAGUCACUUCGGACGCAUCGUUCGACUGGCGAGAGGCUCUGGCCAAGCCAAAGUGCAAGCCAAAUUUCGACUCGUCUUCUCAAACGAAGCUGGCUGCAUUAUUCCCCUCACUCCAGCAUGUCGCCGUUCGCCUUGUACCGUGGCAGCCCAAGGGUACGCUCGCGUUUCAGGCGGCGUAUGAAGCGCAGUGGGAGGUUUUGCGGAAGGUCUCCGUACAAAAGCACGCCAUCGAGUUCGAGCUGCGCCCGGCUCGUCGAAUUGACGAAGAUCCGUACCCGGAAAUGAAAGAGUCUUGGUUGAAGGGAGCUAGCACUGGUUCUCUGUGA